AUGCAAGCGACCAGAAAGUCCAUUUCGGUGUACCGAGAGAUCGAAGGACUCUACCUCAGCUACUACUUCAGCGACGAGAACGUCCGCUCAGCCCUCGCCUAUAAGCCGAGGCCAGAUGAUGUAUUUAUCGUAGGCUAUCCCAAAUGCGGUACCACGUGGAUGCAGUACCUCCUCUGCAACAUCUUUAGUGGUGGUGUUCCUCCGAGGGACACAGAAGAAUUCGAGGCCAAGUCACCAUUUUUGCUCUUCACCGGAGCUCAAGGCGCCGAAGAGAUGCCGAGGCCGGGCGCCAUCAAGACGCACUUCCCUUUCGACAAGCAACCUCACUUGAAAGAGGCCAAGUACUUCUACGUCACCAGGAACCCAUACGACUGCUGGGUCUCCUUCUACCACCACAUGAAGAACACUCCCGCCUACUUUUUCGAGGACGGUACCUUCGACCAGUUUUUCGAUUUGUUCGUGGAAGGAAAAGGUGAGUUCGGCGACUACUUUGACCACCUGUUGUCCUGGUACGAACAUCGGAACGACCUCAACGUGUUCUUCUUGACUUACGAAGACCUCAAGAAGGACACGGCGUCCUGGGUGCUGAAGAUGGCUGACUUCCUGGGUAAGGAGUACGGCGAGAGGUUGCGAAGUGACCCAGCGCUGCUUAAGCGCAUCGUGGAGGUGUCCAGCGUGUCGAACAUGAAGGAGGCACUUAACGACGCGUGGAAGUCACCGGCGAUUGAUGUCCCGCCGGCCGUGGGAACUGACGGAUCGCUGCAAAUCACCAAAGAGUCGUUGGAAGCGGCAGCAAAGAAGCCGAUGACUGGCGAUUUCGUUCGUAAGGGCGUAGUUGGAGACUGGAGGAACCAUUUUUCGCCAGAACAGAUCGAAACAAUGAAGCAGCGCGUUGAGACCAAAACGGCAGGCAGUGAUGUGAUGCAGUUGUGGAAAGAGUACGACCUUCCAUGACUGAACUAAGAGGAGUGAGCUCGCGCGUAAAGCUUCUGCGUUGGUUGCGUUCUGUGAAGCAUCUCUAUGUAUAUAUAUUAUA